AGUUGGUCCCAGAAAAUCAGUUGGUGAUCAGUUAUUUUCGUCUGCCAUAGUGUACACCAGUCUUGAAACUUGUUACUGUUGUAGAGCAACCAAAAAUUUGAGAAUACUGAAAUGUAUUCCCUGCCCGUCCCCAGGAUGUCCCAUUUUGGAAAAUAUGGAGCCCUGCGAUUUGGAUUGGCUCAUAAGAAUGUUAAAUCUAAAAAGACUAAUCGUAUCCGUCAUGCACCUAAUAUGUGUCCAGUGUUUAACAUAGUUUCCUAUGUACAGGAUUGGAGAUGUCGAAAGAUUUCUUGACCUCUUAACAUUGUUCAUUAUAUUCUUUUCUUUAGAUUCUCUGAACUUUUACUCCACUGUCAUAAUUUAAUUGUCAAGGUUCAUAGGUUAACAUUUGAUGUCCCUGCCAUUAAUCAACUAUGUUGGGAGUGUGCUUCAACUCCACAUAGUUUUCCCCAUAGGAAGACACUUCCAUAGGGAGUGUUUUGUGUUUUGUAGGGUGGCCUCUGUUGUAGUUCUAUUUCCAGAUGAUUUCCCUUUCACAGAUUGUCAGCUAUGCAGAUCAGACCUUUUUGCUUAAGUCCUUUUGUUUGAUACGCUAAUCCUAUUAAAUAUCCACUGUAAGGGACAUUUACUGCCGAUACAAUGACAGUAUCAUGAUUUUAGAGAAUUAGAUUCCACAAUUACAAGGGUUACCUAUUUACUCACUAUGAAUCACUGCUUUUGUUACCCUUUCUUGGACAGAAACCAUCCGUGAAUUUAGCAGCAUUACUUGUCACCUGAGACUUUUACCUUUACCCAGAAAGGAAUAAAAGAGGUCAGAUGAUGACAGCUGUGUCCUUAACAACCGGGCCCCAGGAAUCAGUGGCUUUUGAGGACGUGGCUGUGUACUUCACUACGAAGGAAUGGGCCAUCAUGGUGCCUGCCGAGAGGGCCUUGUACAGGGAUGUGAUGCUGGAGAACUAUGAGGCUGUGGCCUUUGUAGCAGUGUCACCCACUUCCAAACCAGCUUUGGUCUCUCAUCUGGAGCAAGGGAAAGAGUCCUGUUUCACCCGGCCACAGGGAGUCCUAAGCAGGAAUGACUGGAGAGCAGGCUUGAUAGGAUACUUGGAACUAAGAAGGUAUACUUACUUAGCUAAAGCAGUGUUACGUACAAUAGUAUCAAAAAUUUUUCAAAAUCGUCAAUGCUGGGAAGACAGAAGAAGAGCUUAAUUCUUGACAUUUAAAUACCAGUUUUCCAAGAAAGGAGUUGAUGUAAGAGCCACCUUAAACGAUGUCAAAUACACAUUUUCUUUUUCUGUAGACUGGUAGAUUUAAUGUUUUUCAUUCAUUAAAAUAACUCAUUUUGAUGUACAAA